ACCUCCCCCUCAAUUUCUUUCCCUCUCUUCGUCUUCGUCUUAAUCUCUCUUGCUCCAAGAAAAAAAAACCGUAACAUGGAAACCGCUGUACUAGUGUUUGCAGGGAAGUCACUCGCAACCCCUGCAAUCUCCUUCUUUGUCAACAAGGCAUUCAGCUACCUGAACGAGUACCGCAAGGCUGAAGGAUUGGAGGCCGUGAAGAACAGGCUAGAGGAGAACAUACCCAAGAUCCAAUCAGUGAUCGAUGUCGCUGAUCCUGAUUACAUCAAGGACAAGAGUGAAGCCCUAGAUGCAUGGCUGUGGCAGCUCAGAGAUGCAGUCGAGGAGGCUGAGGAUGCCAUCGAUGAGCUCGAAGUGGAGAGGGAUCAAAAUAAGGUUAGUCAUCAGGCCGGCUCUUCUUCUUUUACACGGAUGAAGCAUAAAUUUGUCCAGUCUGUUAAGCAUGUUAGAGUGUUGGGUACGACAUCUAAUUCCCCUCUCAAGAGGUUAAAGAAAGCCUUGGAAGGUUUAGAUGAGGCUGCUAAAGGAGUCAAGAAUUUUCUCACACUUGUACAAAUUCAUCAAAACACAAGAUCCAACUUAAACAAUCCAGAACAAGAUGAUAUUAGCUUCCGUGCCAAGGGGAAGGACUUAAAUGCUGAUAGGGUGUUCGGUAGAGAAAAUGAGAAGGAACAUAUUGUUGGAUGGCUGACCAAUACAUCAAGUGAAGAUAACCAAGAUGCCAAGAACAAUAAUCAUGUCCCCAUUAUGUCAAUAGUUGGCCAUGGCGGCAUUGGGAAAACCACUUUGGCUCAGCUCAUCUCCCAUGACUCCAGAAUCAAGAAACAUUUUGACACCGUGAUCUGGGUUGCUGUAUCUAUGAGCUUUGAUGCAAAAACAUUGCUUGAUAAAAUAAUUCAGUCUGUUACAUUAUUAAAACCUAGUGUUGAUACCUACGAGGCACUGCAACAGCAUUUGAAAAAGGAGAUUGAGACCAUUAAAUAUCUUCUAAUUUUAGAUGAUGUCUGGGAAGAUAAGGACAUCUCUAAGUGGGAAAAUCUAUUUUCAUCUUUGAGAACAGGAGUGUGUGGAAGGAAGAUUUUGUUGACAACCCGAAUGCAAUCAGUUGCAGAUUUAGCAUCAGCGGUAAUGAGAUGUGAAAGGGAGUUCUUCCCAUUAUGUGGACUUGAAGAAGAUGAAAAUUUAAGACUUUUUAAUCAUCAUGCCUUCAUUAAUCCAGAUCCCCAAGAAUUUGAAGACUUCCAACAAGUUGGAGAAGAAAUCGCAAAGAAACUAAGAGGGUGUCCCUUGGUAACUAAGGUUGUCGCUGGGCAUCUACGGGCACACAUGAAAGUUCAAUUUUGGAAUACAUUUUUGCAUGAACAUCUGGAUAAUUUUGAUGGAAGUAUGGAAGAUGUUGUCAAAGUUCUCAAGUUAAGUUACUACCAUUUGGUACCUGGCCUACAAGUGUGCUUCCGAUAUUGUAGCAUAUUCCCAAAAAACCAUGAAUUCAAAAAAGAAGAAUUGGUGAAGAUGUGGAUAGCUGCAGGAUUGAUCUCCCAGACCACAGGUGAAGCAGAGAGAGCACAGGAUGCUGCAGAAGAGUACUUGGAUCUGCUGAAUAGAAAGUCCUUCUUUGAACUCAAGUUGAGAAACUUCCGUUUCGGAAGGAACGAAUGCCAUGAAUAUUUUGUGAUGCAUGACUUAAUGCAUGAUUUGGCAACAUGGGUUUCUUCAGGUGAAUGUGCAAGAAUUGCUGAUGUUGCUAGCUCCAAGAAGCUGAAACCAACAGUACGCCACCUAUCUGUUGCUGGUAUUGAUGGUUUUCCAGUCGACGCCAUCAAAAGUUUGUCCCAGUUCAAAAAUCUGCGCACCAUUAUCAUUGAAGAUUGCCAUGAUAUCCAGGAUGACACUUCACGGGAAGUGGAGAAAGUUAUAGAAAGCUUAAAAGCCCUGCGUGUCGUGCAAUACCACAUGUUCAGUAGAUCCCGAUUCCCUGGAAAAGAAGCUAAUCUAAAGCACCUUCGUUAUGUAAGUGUCUCAAUGAAUUAGUAUGUAUAAGACCUAAAGCAUGCUUGUGUUGUUUUAAUUUUCUUUUUCAAAUGUUUUGUGUUAAAUCGUGAAAUACCUUGUUGUUUGUAUCGGAUAUGGCACUAUUUGGAAGGCAUGCUUGCAGUGUAAUAAUAAAUUCAAACUUUACAUUCUGGCAUUUGAUCUAUUUUUGUUUCA